CAGUACCCCAAAAGCUAUACUUUAAUUUCAAUCAUUUCAGAAGUGGACAACUCUGCAGUAGAUUAAUUAGAGCUCAACGCUAAGAAUGACCAAACAUGCAUCCAGCGGACAUUCAGCAGCCAUCUGCUUUAUCUUGAGACAUCACAAGACCAAAUAAGAAAAGCUUGCUCACACUUUUUCAAACACACCCCCCACUCUUUUAUUUCUCCUGAAAGUCAUGUGAUUUACUGACAAGGGAGAGGACAUGCCCAGUGAACACAGGUCCUUUCUGAUUGGCCGACGCACAUAUUACGUAACGUCAUAUAUUUAUUGAAGCCCACAGUACAGUGGCAAGAGAAAACAGCUAAAGAUCUCUCGAAAACAGGGACUCAGGUUGCUGUACGGAUUUCCUUAGGAAAUACAGAGAGGAGAAACCAUGACUGGAACGUUUGAGAGGGUGGACAGUGAUAGGAAGAAGAUUAUUAUUAGUAUUAUUAGUGUUAUUAUCAAAGCCCUGCAGUAUCAAGACAUAAACAAUGAAACAAACUAAAUCUGAUCAAAUUAAACCAGAAUAUGGGUGAUAUGAGCAUUAUCGCAGAAUUUGGAAUAUUUAGCAAAUAGCAGAUGGAGUAGUCCGAACAAAGGCAACAGAAAUACUGCAUACCAGAUGCCAAAUCUGCAAUCGGACAAAGGCUUGCACGAUGUGUUACUUGUUGUUAUUCACAACUCCAAAGGAAAACGAAUGAAACAGAUUUACCAUCAGACAGGGUGACACCAGAUGAUCCAGAAGAGUAGGUGUAGAUUCUUUUGGACCAUUUAUGGUAACGUGGAAGAAGCCUUGUCAAGAAAUGUGAAUUAUGCAGUGCACGUUGAGGUUGCUUGUUCGUUGGUGUAACAUGGAGAGGCAGAGUUGGAAUCCAUGUGCGGUAGUUUAUAAAGUACUGAUGCAACAGACAGAUAGUCAACAGGCAGCGGGUCAGAAACCAAAGUAGCAGUCCGAUCCGUCAACGUACAAAGGGCAUAUCCAAAAAGGCAAAGUAAGUAAACAGGCAAAGGGUCCAAACCAGAAUCUUAAUCCAAACAGGCGAACAGAGCAAUCGGAGUAAUCCAAGAAAUCAAUAAACAGAGAAACAAGCAGUGACAACAAGAGAAAACACUGAGAGCAUGAAGGGCCCUUGGUUAUGAAGCCCACAGGAAAUGGGUGUAGAAGAAGCAGAGGGGUUGAGCAGCGCUAGUAUUCCCUCUGCUGGUUGGACGUUACAGGUGGACACUGAUUCCUGUCUAUAAUAAAUGCUAUAUGCUGGUUUGUAGCAAGAAGAGGACAAGUGAAAGUUCUCAGGCAGUGGGACCGAUUUUAUAGCUGCUGAGCAUGAGUUAAGACAAUUAAUUGAACAAUGAAACAACCAGAAGAUUCUGGACCACCUCAGUCAGCAGCAGCAUCUGGAAGAAAAAACCUUCAUUGCCUCCAGGACUGUUUGACAAACAACUUAUAUUCUAGAGUUUCUGAUUUCUUCUGGAAAUAGUUGCCAAAGAAACAAAGAUUUUCAGAAUCUGUUUUUUUUUUCCCCACAAUUCCAGUUCCUCCAUUUUCCUCUUCCGCUAUGGGCGUGGCAGAUGAACUGUGCGAUGAGCUGUUCCGUUGGAUUCAUCAGCAGGAGAAAUGUGCAGGUCAUCUCAGGGCUUUGGCCUCCGAGCUGGAGUCGAUAAGGGAGGUGAUGACUGCAGGCCAGUUGGUGGGAAACACAGCUACUGUGCUUGGGUCGGCCGCUCUGGUUGGAACAGGCAUUGUGACAUUUCUGACUGGAGGCCUGGCUGCACCCUUGCUGGCAACGGCGGCUGGUAUCACGGUCGGAGUGGGUACUGCGACUAGUCUUGCGCUUUCGCUUGUGGAAAAAUGGAAAUCCAGUCAAACAAUGAAAAAGGCAGAGAAGACCGUUGAUAAAAUCAAACAGAUUCAGAGGAAUAUUGAAAGGCUCCAGGAGAAACUUCAAAAGGAGUGUGAGAGUGAGGGCUUUCAAACUUCAUCCUCCAAUGACGUGCAGUGUGAAAUCACAGCGAGAAUCCUGAGAGCAAUGGCCAAACGGAGCGGUAGAGAUCUGCCCCUCAGUCGCAUAAGGGUCCUCUUAAGAAGCGAUGGCAUCUAUAUGCUUCACAGAUAUUCACCGUUUCGUCUAAAACCUGCAUUCUUCUACACAUUGACUUCUGUCCUAGUAUUCCUUGGAUAUUCUGCCGUUCUUCUGAAAACGGCAGCAAUAAAAGGACAAAAAUAUUAUACUCCACUUGUUGUGAAAGGAAUGAUUGAUCUUUCAGUUAAAUCUACGUUAAAGGGAACAUGCCAGGCCGCAGGAGGAAUCUUUGGGCUGAUAUUGACGGUUCCUGAUCUGAUUGAUAACUGUGAAGAACUGAUUAAAAACAAACAUCAGACUGAAGCUAGCUCAUUUCUGAAGACAAAAGCUAAUGAAAUCUGUGAGACUGUGAAGAAAUUAACAGAGCCACUGAAUGAAUUGCAAGAGAUGCUCAAUCAAAUCCCUGAAAUGGUGUGUCACAUUGAUUUGGCUCAGGAGAUGUUUGGAUCUCAAAUAUACACACAGGGCACCAUUUGUCUGGAGUAUACACAGAACCAAAAGCAAGACACAAAUACACAGAACUUCAUUCUCCUAUGCACAAAAAACCUAGGAUUAGCUAGGUGUGGUUCCACAGGUAAAGCCAAAUCAGCUGACAACAAGAACAAAAGACAGAAGAAGUGUACUUCAACCGAACUCAGAUGCCUCAAUCAGCAGAAGGAACCUGCUUUUCAGAGGAAACCACCAUACAAGUCUAAAACACAAGUAAAGGAAUUUCAAUUCCGCUUUCCUAAAAUAAUGAUGUCUAAUGUGCGCUCUCUUCCAAACAAAACCAAAGAGCUUAAAGAAAUGAUGGAAAAUGUGGAAACCGUUGAUUCCGAUAUGAUGUGUUUCACAGAGACAUGGUUGAACAGCAACUCACCCAGCAUUAGCUUUGAUGGAUAUCAGACUUACCGUGUUGAUCGUGAUGCACAGCGUACUGGAAAAGGUAGAGGAGGUGGACUGAUGCUGCUUGUGAAUGAGGCCUGGGCGAGAAAUGUGGAGGUGGAAAACAUCCAGAAUACUCCAAAUUAUGAGUUAAUGGUUGUGUCCAUUAUACCAAAUGAACACCCUAAGGAUGCGCCACCCCUUACCUUUAUCCAUGUGUAUAUCCCUCCUGGAACUAAUGCUAAUCAGGCGGCUACCGGCAUUGCUGGAGCUUACUAUGAUGCUCUGGAGCAGUACGGUGGUCCUGUUUUCUUGUUGGGUGACUUCAACCGUUGUGAUAUCACUCAUCUCUUGGACCUGGAGCAAUAUGUCACAUGCCCAACUAGAUACGGUAUCACGCUGGAUCACUGCUAUGGGAAUGUGCCAGGGGCUUAUAGAUCUGUAUGUAGACCCCCGCUUGGCCGGUCAGACCACAACGUCAUUUAUUUGAUUCCUAAAAGUCCAAAGUCCAAAGAUGAGAAGUGUACGCAUAAACAUACCCAACCCAGAAAACAAUGAAAAGCAGGAGAACAGUUGUAGUUCUGUGUUGUUUUAUGUAGCACUAUGGUAUUGGAGGAACACUGAUUGGUUUUACUGCGUGCUCUACUAGUAUAUCAUAGCUUGUUUUGUCCCAGUCAUUGGCCAUGUUUCCAUCCACCUUUUUUAUGAACAUUUUGGGUUAUCGCACAAAAACUCUGGA